AGAGCAUAUACGAACACACUUCGACGUUCGCGCAACCACAUCGUGACACUCUCCGUGUCUGUCGCAGGGACGGAUAUAGAGUGUUGAUCGCUCAGUGACUUUGCGCUACCUUUACGCGUUGGGCACACUGAAUGCGACAACAUCAAAACUGCUGAUGCUGUCCUGACAGCUCACGAUCUCUCGUUUCUUCCCUUCGGCUGGUCACCAUCCGAAUCAGACUCGACAGAUUUGAGCUUUACCCUGGGAAUACAUUAUGGCCUCCGCACUGGUUCCUGCGACACCGCAGCGACCGCUGCCAGGCGCUUUCUUUGCGACGCCAGCCCAGCCAGUAGCACAACCGUCGAUACACGGCAACACCAUAUUCGCCCAAGAUGCGGCCAAAUUACGAGUAGCGGCCACGAACACACCCACAGAGCCUGCUGGUACCGCGCGGAAAUCCGAACCAUCACCGGUGGAACGCGCAGCCCGUGUAAUCAAUGAAGCGCUCGUCGCGGAGGAGCGAUUUCCUGAAUUGGAGACAUACAUCAAUCAGGGCGUGAGCGGAGAUUAUGAUAUACCACAAGGCCCCGCAAGGGCGCCCUUCCAAAAACUCAGAACCCAUGAUAUUCCUUUGAAGCUGCUCGAACAGGCCAACUAUACUGGUAUGGCGAUGCAGAUGGGCAUCUUCCCACCUCUCAGCCAUGCUUGGAUAGCUUUGGACAAUGCGCUGUAUCUGUGGGACUAUACGCAAUCGAAUCCGGAAAUUAUCGGAUACGAAGAGGCAACUCAGCCCAUCACAGCUGUUGAAUUGGUUCCGCCGAAACCAGGCGUUUUCAUCGCGGACAUCAAACACAUGAUUAUCAUCUGCACAGCGUCUGACAUGCUUUUGUUGGGCGUGGCAACUCAGACUACAUCAACAGGCGCACAGACGGUUGCCCUCUACAAUACAAAGAUGUCGAUCCCAAUUCGUGGCAUCGAUGUACGAGUGAUUACUGCAUCCAAAAAGACAGGUCGAAUCUUCUUCACAGGCGCAGUAACAGACGACAUUUUCGAAUUUCAGUAUCAACAAGAGGAAGGAUGGUUCCGUGGCAAAUGCAACCGCUUAUGCCAUACCAAAACUACUUUGGAUCUGGUGUCUGAAAACGUCAAGACUGUAGGACAUUUCUUCGGCUCGAAAGGCAAAUGCAAGAUUAUUCGCCAGAUGCUUGUUGAUGAUUCGCGCAACCUCAUGUACACGCUCAGCACCACGAGCGAGAUUAAAGUUUGGCUGAUCAAAGACAACAUCGAGCAUGCCAUGAUGCGUCCGCUGGCAAGUCUGCUCCAAAACGCAGGGCAUUUCGACAGUCGCACGGAGCUAUUGACUGCUAAGGAUGUCGAAAUUGUGUCUAUCAACGCGAUUUCUGUCGUCCAGGCUCGCAAGUUAGGACUGAUGGCGACAACAAACACUGGAUGCAGGCUCUACCUCUCUCUGACACGUGGGUACGGUUCGCAGGCCGACGCACAGAACCCUCCUUCCAGCAUGCAGAUCAUGCACAUUCGGUUCCCGCCACGAGAUCCACACCUGCCUUCGGCGUCACAGCCCGGACAAUCCGCAAUGAUGCCAUACAAUACCCACGCUAACCAGAAUAGCCAGAUCGACUCUACAUCCCGCUAUCUGACACCUACGAACAUGGGCUACCGAUAUUCCCCAGGAUAUUGGAUGGCUUUCCAGACCCAUCCUCAGGAUGGAACACGGGAUCGAGUAUUCUGUACGGCUCCGGACUCGGCGCGGCUCAAAUGUCCACAGGACAGUAAUCAGAUACGGUACUCGGAAUCGGGUCAAUGGAUUGAUUUGCCGGCCAAUCUUCAACAGAUCAUGCCUUUGGGCGAUGAGUUCGGCGCCACCAACGAGCCUCUUGGGUUCGGAAAUGAGCUUGCCGUGCAAUUUGAUCGGGCAUCCUCAGAAUUUGCUAUUGUCACAACUGCUGGUAUCCAGAUUUUGCGUCGCCGUCGUCUUGUGGACAUUUUCGCCGCUUUGAUGAAAUAUGGAUCCUCCGACGACAAAGGGACGGAAGGCGAGGUCAAUCGAUUCGUCCGCACAUACGGUCGUGGCGAAACUGCUGCUACAGCCUUGGCAGUCGCCUGUGGUCAAGGCCUCGACGUCUCAGAGAGUCGCGUUGCUAACGUCACCGACUCUGAGGUGAUUGAGAAAGCUCGCCGAGUCUUCAUUGAACAAGGUGGCAAACCGGAAUACAGCGCGAACGCCGUCGUAGAUCAAACAGCAGAACCUAUCGACAAUGUUCGACCAAGCCCUAGACACGAGGGCAUGGCUCUGUACAUCUCGCGCCUCGUGCGGCCAUUGUGGAGAGCCAAUGUCAUGAAGGAGAACGCCGCACCCGGAGCGCCAGUCAAGCUCGGGCCUAAUGUGAGCUUGGGCAGACUACGGCUUGUGCAGCGCGAUCUGACUGCACUCAACGAAUUCUUGAGCAAGAAUACAAGUUUCAUUGAAGGCCUGUCUGGUCCUCAAGCUCUUAGCCGUGUCAGCUCUCGACAGGAGGAGAUUGCACUUCAGGGUGAAGCCCGCGCCAUGACGAGCCUGUUGCGAUUAAUCGAUAGCAUCAAUGAGGGCAUUAGCUUUGUCAUAACACUUUUCGAAGAGCGUGUCGAGGAAAUUGUUGCCCUGCUAUCUGAUGAGAACAAGCGCAAGGCAAAAGAGCUCACGUUUGAACGUCUCUUCGUCUCUAGCUCCGGACGUGAACUUGCGAAGGAUCUCACAAAGGCCAUUGUCAAUCGCAGCAUCGCGAACGGAAGCAACGUUGAUUCCGUCGCUGAAAGACUCCGCCGCAAGUGCGGCAGUUUCUGCAGUGCCGAUGAUGUAACCAUCUUCAAGGCACAAGAAUUGGUCAAGCGUGCUUCAGAAGCUGGCGCGCAGUCCGAGUCAGCGCGAAUCAACCUCAACGAGAGUCAACGUUUGUUUCAAAAAGUUGCGAGCAACCUCGGCGAUGAAUACAUCGAAUGGACGGUCGACCAGUACGUGUCGAUGGAAUUUUUCGCUGGCGCAUGUCAACUGUGCCUUGUCGUUGCUGGCGAACGGGACAAGUCGAACAGAGCGAUGGCUUGGAUGAGGGACGGCCGACCAGGAUCUGAUUCUCGCCAAGCAUUCUUCGACCAGCGGUUCAGAUGUUACGAAUUCGUUUUCGACACUAUCAAAUUCCUAGAUGAUACGGUAGCGCGGGCUCCCGACGUAGCCACCACGCAUCCAGUCCAGGCGAAGAGGAUAAACGAAGCUUACGAAGUCAUCAACAGUUCCGAAGAUCGAAUCUUUUUGACCUGCCUUUAUGACGAGUACAUUCGACAAGGUAACCCACUUCGACUUUUGGAUAUCGAGAACCCCUUCGUUGUUGAGUACCUUCGACAGCGGAGCAAUGACAACCGUGCGCAUGCCGAUUUGCUCUGGCGAUACUACGCACAUAAUGAUCUCUUCCUGGACGCUGCAGCUGUUCAGCUCGACGUUGCUCGCUCGCACUUUGAGCUGCCAUUAGAACAACGAAUAGAGUAUCUCAGUCGCGCUAGAGCGCAUGCCAGCACCAGACAAAACAUGCUGCUCGACCCACGGAAGAACAAGCAGAAGUUGAUGCGGGAGGUCUCUGAUCUCUUGGAGAUUGCCAGCGUACAAGACGAGAUCUUGGAGAGAAUCAAGGGCGAAACACGUAUUGCCCCAGACCGGAAACCGACCCUGAUCGCUGAUCUGAAUGGUCCCAUCCUCAGCGUUGGCACCCUCUUCAGCUCUUACGCAGAUGCCGCUGGAUACCACGAUUUCUGCAUCAUACUGUACCAAGUCGCCGAUCACCGGAAUCCUGCAGAUAUCCAGGCAUCAUGGCGAUCCCUUAUUGACCAGACGGAUAGCGGUGCUCCUGAACAAGUGCAGCCAUGGGAAGCGGUAGGUGAUGAGGUCCGGAGAAUGGGCCGUCGUCUUCACACUGCCAAUGCCAGCUUUCCGAUCCAGUUCCUGCUUCCACUCUUGGAGCGCUACGCGAUCGACCCCAAGCGACAAUCGACGCCGCCUGAGUCAUGGGCGGUUGACCUCUUCUUGGAUCUUGAAAUUCCUCACGAAACCCUGCUUCCAGUUCUGGAACAAAUGUAUUACAGUAAUGAACAGCCGUUCAUCGGCAACAAGCGCAAGAUCAUCGCGGCUAAGAUGGUCCACCUCAUUCAAAAGUGGUUUGAAGUCAGCGAGCGAAGCGGUGAGCGGGUGCUAUUUGGCGGCGAGGAGAACUUUUCAACCGUGCAGGACUGUCUGCAGACUUUGUUGCGCCAAGGUCAGCUCACAGACGCCUGGAAGAGGACAGCCGAAGCUUUGGAGGCACGUGUAUUGCGAGCGGUCAGGUGAUGUAGGGACAAGCGACGCGGAGAAUUCCCAUUGAGCUAAUCUAUUGUCCUUGCAUUUGCGAUGAGAUCCAGAUCAUUGGGCUGAGUGUAAUUUUCAUGGGUGAUUAUGUGUGCUUAGCGCAGGCGUUGUAUCGUAGACACUUGUACAACUAUCCCGUCAUAUUACUGUUUGACCACGUUACACGUCGCUGG